AUGUUGGCGAGAACGCUGAGGAGGGAGGCUAUUAUGGCGGGAUUGGGCAAGAUGGAAACUUACGUGGAUAGGAGGCAAUACUGUGAAAGUGAUAUAUUCGGCGAAGAUAGCGUGGGAGAGCGGACUGAAGGGCAGCGAAAGGAUGAUGGGUGGGUAGGGAGGGACUUCCGAAGCAGUUUGGAAACAACGAGAAUUGACGAUGAAGAGAGGAAUGGGAAUAGCGAGAGCGUUAGUCCUCUCUCGGACUUAUCAUCGGAGGGCUGGAAGCAUACACGGCGGGAUGGUGGGCGGGCAGAUUUGCAGGAGGAAGGCGGGAGGGUGGGUGGGACGAAACGCUCCCCUCCACUCAUUCCUCCAGAAGAGCUGGCUGAAAUCAGAAAGAGAAGAAUCAUGCAGCAACUGGAGGACUUCGACUCUGACUGCAGUAGUUCCCCGCAGCACCGAAAUUCCGCCUCAACUAAGCAAGUGACGAAGCUCCAGAUGGAGCUCUUGAAGGAGGAGCGGGCCAUUUUUACGAAAGUGUCAAUUGCCAUGGAUAAACUACUCACCGUGCUGGACCGGCAAUUAGAGCUGAGUAAUGCGCUCUUCGAGCGCAUUCGGGGUAGCGACAAUGCAGUCGCAUUUUAG